AUGGAAAAAAUGUAUAAUCUAAAUAAUUGUUAUUUGAAUCUGAAAAAAAGUAAACAAGGAAAGUCUUAAAUAAAACAUUCAGAUGAUGAUCACAGGUUUGUAUUGAAACAAAGGCAUGAAACUUUAUCAGAUUGGAUGUCAAAAAAAACUAUCGAAUCAGAGAGGGUACCUAAACCAAGAGCAAAAUCAUAGUAUUGUACCAUCUCUAAAAUAUAAAAACAGCCAACAGCAUCUUUUUAUGAUUCUUAUAAGCAAGCAUUUCUUAAAUUCAAGCUGAAAGUAUUUAUAUUUUAUUCAAUUAAAGCCUAGAAUAAACAAUUCAAAUUAACCACCUUAAUUGGCUUCAAGUGCAUUUAGCAAAAUUAAUGAUUCAGCAUACAUUUCAAAAUCUAUAGAUUAUGCUGAUCUGUAAACGAAAUCAACUAAAUCAAAUAAAAAGAGAACUCCGAUAAUUACAAGAAAUAAUCCAUAAUUUUAAUCAAUAUUUGAAAGGAUGAAAAAAGUAUUAGAGUAAAAGAAAAAAAAAGAAAAAUAAUUACUCUAAUAGAUAGCAAUGUUAUAAUCAGAAAUUGUUAAUUUAAAAUAGUGGCAAUAUUGA